UACAGCUGGGCCUUUAAGAGUCUGGGUUCCAGAUAAAAGGAGCUCUGCAGGGGGUGGGCCCUACUCAGGGAAGAUGGCUGCAGCUGAGAUGGGGGGCGCUCUGCACAGGCGAGAGGAGCAGAGGCGGCGAAAGGCACGAAGGGAGGCACUCGCUGCCGAGAUCUUGGACAAGCAUCCCCUGCAGAACAGGUGGGCUCUUUGGUUCUUCAAAAAUGACAAGAGCAAGACGUGGCAGGCGAACCUGCGCCUGGUGACCAAGUUCAGCACCGCGGAGGAUUUCUGGGCGCUGUACAGCCACAUCCAGCUGGCCAGCAAGCUGACGUCGGGCUGCGACUACUCCCUCUUCAAGGACGGGAUCGAGCCCAUGUGGGAAGACAACCGGAACAAGCGGGGCGGGCGCUGGCUCAUCACACUGGCCAAGCAGCAGAGGCACACGGAGCUGGACCGCUUCUGGCUGGAGACACUGCUGUGUCUGAUUGGCGAGACGUUCGGCCCAUACAGCGAGGACGUCUGCGGGGCCGUCAUCAACAUCCGGGCCAAGGGAGACAAGAUCGCCGUCUGGACCCGAGAGGCGGAGAACCGGGACGGGGUCACCCACAUUGGGCGGGUGUAUAAGGAGCGCCUGGGGCUGUCCCACAAGGUGGUGAUCGGGUACCAGGCCCACGCGGACACGGCCACCAAGAGCGGCUCCCUCACCAAGAACAAGUUUGUGGUGUGAGCGCCGGGCUGGGCUCCUGGGCCUGACGGCAGCGCCCUGCCGGGCUGUGGGGGAGCGGGGUGUUGAGGCUGGGGCCUUCCCCUGACGGGCUGGGCUGGGCUGGGCUGGGGCAGGACUCUGCCUGCUGUGGCAAGCAAGAUGUAAAUUCCCACAAUGCAAGUGCUGCAUCCAAACGCCGACUCUGUGUCUGCCUGCAGGGGGAGGGGGCUGGGCCUCGCGCCCCCGCCUGCCAGCUCCAGCAGAGGAGGCUCUGGGAGCGUGGCGGGGAGGGUGCAUGGGGGCUCCAGCACUGAAGAUGCCUGGGCAGAUGCCCGCUGGUGCAGGUGCACAGAGGGGAGGCUGGGCCCACCUGACAUGGAGAGUGAUGUGCCCCCCAGCUCUGUC